AUGGCGCGUCGCAAGGACAAGCCGCGCCUGAUACCCGAGCAGGACAAGCGCAUCUGUCGCGCCAUUUGCCUCUGCCAGCUGACCAUGGUGCUGUCCUGCGUCUCCAUUGUCUAUCUCAGCGUGGCCAUAUACUCGCCCUCGCUCAAAGCCUUCAAGUCGGGCUUCGAGCUGGAUCCGGUCAUGUGCCAGACUAUCGACCGUCAGAUGCCCAACAAUUGCCCCUGGGCCUCGUGCGGCGAAUGGUGUCUGACACGCACCAGCGGCUUCUGUCCGCAAAUCCAUUCGAUAGUGCGACGCAACGGCACCGAUAUACAGCUCAACAACUGCACCCGGGUGACCAACACCUCCUGCGCCAUGAUUGACCUGAAUCGCCUGAACAAGUUUAACUGCAACAAUGGCACCGUCUGCAAUAACAUACGCGGCGUCUUCAACUGCUCGAAUGGCCACUGCAAGAACAUGUCCGAGUUCUUUUUGUGCCAUCACAAGCCGGAUGGACCUGUCAUCAAUUCGGCCAAGGAUAACACGAAGCUGAACGGGUUCUUCGAGUGCCACGGCGUGCACUGCACCAAGAUCAAGCGACCCUUCAGCUGCGAUCGCUACUGUUCCCGCAUAACCACCGCCAACAUCAACACGCUCAUCAUGCACGAGGACAAUGUAAUUGCGGCCGACUGUGAGAAUGCGGUGGCCUUCAACGAGGCGCGCGGCAAGGAGCACGGCGUACGCAUUGAACCCACGGAAUUCUGGAAGGAGGACGACGGCAACCUGUUGACCAACUGUGCCACAGUUACACGCGAAUCGGACAAUCGCAUUACCGCCACGGAUUGCCUGAAUGGCACUCUGCUGGAGCACGAUGCGCUGCCGGCUCCAUUCAUGAACUUCACACAGUUCUGGGCCAUCUAUGAUAAUAGCACGCAUGCCAUCGAUCCGGAGCAAAAGUUUCUGCCCAACCAGGCCAAUCUGACCAUAUACAGCUGGAAGAAGCUGUUCAUCAAUCUCGAGGGCUGCGUCAACACGCUGCGCGGCGAGUGCAAGGACUUCGUGGCGCGCUAUGGCAACGAUGGCGACAACAACACCGCCCAGUCACGCUAUCAAUGCUACUACAACAAGGAUACAAAUGUGGAAUUUGUGGUCGCACGCUACGAUCUGGAUAAGGUGUAUCGCGAGUUGGUCGUCUCGCUGAUUGUGCCCAUUGUGCUGUUUGUCAUUUCCUCCAUAUCGUUGUGCAUCAUUACCAAGUCCGUCAAGGUGGGCGACGAUGCCAAGAUGCGUUGUGUCUGCGCUGGCGAUGAUUCGGAUGAUGAUGGCUUUGGCAAUGCAGCUGGUGCCAAGCAGCCGGAACAGGUCUAUGAUACGGACGACGAUGUGGUCGACCUGGAGCAGCAGGCUGUCGAGCUGGAUGUGACAGCGGAGCCGGCGCAUCCAUUCGAUACGCAGGAAAUGAUUGGCAGCACCAAGUCCUUGAUACCGCUGAGUCCCACCGAGCAGCAGUCAACGGACGAACAGGACGAGAAGGCCGCCAAGUGUGAUGUGCCCGAAAAGCCGCUGGUUAUACUCUAAACAAAGCCCAGGCUGGCCAACAAAAUUAGCUCAGGAUAAUUGCUUACAGCUACACACAUUUAUAUAGAAACUCUACCAAAUUUUUAGGGACCUGUGCAGUGUACAUUGAAAACUGAACUUAUUUUUGAACUCAGCGCGAUUUAACUCUGCAUUUAUAGAACAUUUUUUAUGAUGUACAUUUACAAAGAUCAAAAUUAUUUCAGCCUUACGCUCUAGACACACAUCUCAGAUUUUCUCUCUUUUCUUUUCUGAACAAGAAACUUAUAUGAAAUGUAACUCUAAAGAGCUUUACAAUUAACCUCUCAAAAGCGGGUUAUACGACCAGAUAGAAAAACUUAACUAUAAACAGGAAUAAUACAUACAUAUAUAUAUAUCAAGCCCCCCACCUUGUCCGCUUGGUUCAGCAGCUGUGCUUUGGCAUUGCAGAGUCAAUUGCAUUUAGACAAGAAUUUAUACAUAUUCCAGGGUAUAUAGAAAGAAGAUAAACGACGAUUAACUAGUCAGCACUCGCUUGUUACUCUGCUGGACCAAAGUAUUCAUAGAUAAGCUCUUCGAAUCCUUGCAGAAGAUUCCUUAGGGGAGAACUUUUAGAUAAGCUCUUCGAAUCCUUGCAGGCGAUUCCUUAGGGGUGAACUAUUAGAUAAGCUCUUCGAAUCCUUGCAGGAGAUUCCUUGGGGCAGAACUAAUAGAUAAGCUCUUCGAAUCCUUACAGGAGAUUCCUAACGGGAGAACUAUUAGAUAAGCUCUUCGAAUCCUUGCAGGAGAACGGCACCAACAAUUUUGGGCAAAUGCAUUUAUUUAGCAAUAUGUACGAACGAAAUACGACAAAUCAAGAUCCUUCAGUAGAUAAAUAUAUAUAUAUAGAGGCAUCAGACUUUGCCUUGUUUUUCGAUUUUCGAUUUACGAUUUACGAUUUAGUAGCUAUGCCAAUAUACAAAAGAAUACUUGGAGACAACUCAAGCUCGACUUAGUUUAGCUGAUCUAUGCGAAAUUUAUAUCAAAAACUUGGCUGCAAGCCUAGGCUGGGACUUUCCGUCUCCAGCUGAUUACUGAGUACGUUAACCAGAUUCUUGGAUAUGCGAAUAUAUGCCAAAAAGUUCUAGGUUCGAUUCAAAGCUUUGCAGUCUUGUUUAAAGCUAGGGAAUAGUUUUUUGCGACGCACCAAUGCAAGCUUAACUUUCUACACC